CACACACAUACAUACAUGUACAUACGCACACAUAUCUCCCUCUCUCUCUCUCUUACCUGUUUUAAUUUUCCUGGAUUUAGUUUUAUUCCUUUUUUCUCUUCUGCCUUUGCUUCACAACACACAUACCUCUCUCUCUCUCUCUCGUUUCCUUCUUUCUCUCUCUCUGCGUCUUACUUUGAGCAUGUUUGUUUCUUCAGGAAGAUCAUUACUCAAUUUCUCUCUCUUCUCCUCCUUCUUAUUCCUCUUCAAAGCUCCUCUUUAACUUCAUUCCUCUCACUUUUUCUUUUCUUUAUGAGAUAUAGAGAAAAAAAUCAAAUCUUUCAGACACCCUUUUGACUUCUUUGCUCAAAGAAUCCUUCUUUUAUUUUCCCCUAAGAGAAAAUUAUUUUAAAUUCCGAAUCAAAACCCUCCAGAGAAAAAAACAAAGGAAAAAUCAUCACCCAUCAUCAUCAUCAUCAUCAUCACCAUCAGUAGCAGCAGAAAUAGCAAGAGAGCUGGUUUCUUAAAGGUUGUUGGAUUAUGUCCAUGGAAGGAGUUUUUCUAGAGAAACCAAGAUCAAACACAACCACUAAUCUCCCUGAUCUAUCUCUCAACAUCAGCCUCCCAGAUAUUCAUCAUCAUCUUCACCACAAUGAAUCUUCCAAAGAGAUUUCUAGAGGAUCAUCCCAAGCCGACAACAACAAUCUCAUCAACAGAUCAUCAAACUUCGAGCUCUCCUUAUCUCAUCAUAAUCACCCUAGUUCGAAUCAAACCACAAGAAUCAUCCAUUGUCCUGAUCGAAGAAACCUUAAUCUUUCUCAUCAUCAGCAUUACAACAGCCCCAUACUCAAUGGUGGAAGUCUUCAUCAAAGGGUCGAUGAAACCGAUAUUAAUAACCUCCACCGUCCGAUUAGAGGCAUCCCGGUCUAUCACAACCGUUCAUUCCCUUUCCACCAACAAAACUCUUCUUCUUCUUUGCCUUCUCUUGGAGGAGGAGACUUGGAUCAAAUCUCAAUCUUAAACUCAUCUCCCGGCUAUAACAACGCCUACCGAUCAUUACAAUCUUCCUCGAGGUUAAAGGGUGUUCCUUUGCAUCAUCAUCAUCAUCAUAAUCACUAUGGAGUCGUUGGAUCUUCAGAUUCAUCUUCUCCUCAUCAUCAUAACCAUCAUCAUCAUGGGAUGCUUAGAUCAAGAUUUUUGCCUAAGAUGCCGACAAAGCGGAGCAUGAGAGCUCCGAGGAUGCGUUGGACGAGUAGCCUCCACGCGCGGUUUGUUCACGCCGUUGAGCUUCUAGGCGGCCAUGAAAUCGGUUCUUGAGCUCAUGGAUGUGAAAGACUUAACUUUAGCUCAUGUGAAGAGCCAUUUGCAGAUGUAUCGAACUGUGAAGACCACUAACAAGCCUGCAGCUUCAUCAGGAGAAGACGAAAUGGGCAUAAAUGGAAAUGAAGUUCAUCAUCAAUCAUCGACAGAUCAAAGGGCACAAUCUGAUGAUACUUCUCUUCAACAAGAAAUUGACUUUCCUUCCACACAACCUCGUUGGAGUAACUCUUCACGAGAGACAUGGCCAUUAAGUAAUAACUGCUCAAGCGACAUAGAUACGGUGACCAGAACAUCAUCAACAUCAAUGACCUCUCACCAUCAAAGAUCCAACCUUCAAAAUCUGCAGGAGCAAAGGUUGAACGAUCAGGCAAAGAGGUGUGGAGAUCUUAGUUGUAACAAUCCAAAACCAGAGCAGAGCGAUAACCUGAAGCAAUUAAGACGGAAACUACGGCUGAAACUGUAG